UUUCUGUUAAAUAAUUCUAUACUGAGAUGGUUAUAAAAAAUACUAUUGCAGGUAUUCACAAACACAAGAGGCAUUCCUUGCACAGAGUGUGAAAAAGCAAAAAAAGUAAUGCACAAGAAAAGAAGGAGAGAAAUGGAAAGAACUGAUGGGHCCAAUUACAAAUACACCAAUCACAGGUAUAAAUAGUACAGCAUAAACCAUAAUUAAAAAAAUAACCAAUUUAAUUGCUCUGUUUCUCUUAGGUACAUGUCAAAAGAAGAAAUUGUAAUAAAGCUGGAGAGAGAGAGAGAAAAAUCAACAGGGAUUUAAAAAAGAAAAUUGAAAAACUUGAGAAAGAACUUUUGGAUGUUGAAUCAGAAGACCACAAAGAUCUGUCAACAAUAAUGACAACAAUUGAUCAGAGCAAAGAUGUUCCCGAGGAUAUGCUUGUGCUCUGGGAACAGCAGAGAAAAAUACUCACAGAAAAACACUCCACAAGAUACAGAUGGCAUCCAAAAAUUAUGAAACUAUGCAUUGAGCUCUAUGCAARGAACCCCCAUGUGCUAGAUCCACUAAGGAAAGUAAUUUACAGGACAAUACGUCAUUACAAGAAUAAGGUAGAGCAGUCCCCUGGUUGGAAGUCAGAUAUUUUGGAGUGGUGUKUCAGUGAGGCAAGGGCGAAUGGCUUGAAGASAGCAGAAUUUUKGGGAGGACUUGUCCUKGAUGAAAUGAAAAUCCAGGAAGAUAUUGAAAUGSUUGUCAAAAAUGGCAUCGGAUAA